CUUCCCCCGUAGCCUUGGUAGGAAUCAGCUGGGAGAAGAAGUACCUGGGACUCCUGAGGAAGCGGAAAAUGAGUUCCAGCACAACGGAGAGUGGCAAGAGCGGCCAGUACCGCGUGGACCAUCUCCUCAGUGCGGUGGAGAGUGAGCUACAGGCUGGGAGUGAGAAGGGAGACCCCACUGAGAGAGAGCUGAAAGUCAACCUGGAAGACCUGGAUCUGUGGCUGAAGUUUAAGGAACUCACCAACGAAAUGAUCGUCACAAAGAACGGCAGGAGGAUGUUUCCUGUGCUGAAAGUGAACGUGUCGGGACUGGAUCCCAACGCUAUGUACUCGUUUGUCUUGGACUUUGUGGCCGCCGACAACCACCGCUGGAAGUAUGUAAACGGAGAGUGGGUUCCCGGUGGCAAACCGGAGCCUCAGGCUCCGAGCUGUGUUUACAUCCACCCCGACUCGCCCAACUUCGGGGCGCACUGGAUGAAAGCGCCCGUCUCCUUCAGUAAAGUGAAACUCACCAACAAACUGAACGGCGGAGGACAGAUCAUGUUAAACUCUCUGCAUAAAUACGAGCCCAGAAUUCACAUCGUGCGAGUCGGGGGAUCGCAGAGAAUGAUCAGUAGUCACUCAUUCCCUGAGACUCAGUUCAUCGCCGUGACCGCCUAUCAGAACGAAGAGAUCACAGCUCUCAAAAUUAAGUACAAUCCGUUUGCAAAGGCCUUUCUUGACUCCAAAGAGAGAAGCGAUCACAAGGAAAUGUUGGAUGACGUGAGUGACAGCCAACAGUCUGGAUAUUCCCAAAUAGGUAGCUGGUUUCUGCCUAGCACAGGUACCCUGUGCCCUCCUUCUAAUCCUCACGCUCAGUUUGGAGGACCAAUUUCGCUCUCCACGCCCCACGGCUGUGAGCGUUAUUCUACUCUGAGGAACCAGCGCCCUGCUCCGUACCCGAACCCUUACACACACAGGAACAACUCUCCCACUGGCUAUCCCGACAAUUCUUCUGCCUGCCUUUCCAUGCUUCCCAACCACGACAACUGGUCGGGUCUGCAGGUCUCCACGCAUACCAGCAUGCUGCCCAUGACACACAAUGCUGGCACUGCCACCAGCUCUAGCCAAUAUCCGAGUCUGUGGUCGGUCAGUAACAGCACCAUCACUCCAGUGUCCCAGUCUGGGGGCAUGUCCAACGGCCUGAGCUCGCAGUUCCUACGGGCUUCCCCGGCUCAUUACCCGUCUCUGGCCCACUCAGUGAGCGCCACCUCGUCAGGAUCGCCCCUGUAUGACAGUGGCACCGGAAUCGAGCUGUCUGAGAGCCAGUAUGAUGCCUCUCCACACAGCAGACUUACUUCUACAUGGACAUCAGUUACUCCUCCAUCCAUGUGACAGCACUUGUACUCGCCUCACCAUUGUCAAGCCAUUUAAUUUAAUUUACGGACGUCUUUGGGAGUUUUCCCAACCCUUUCCGUCUUUCUUGUUCGGACUUGAUGUUGAAACUACAUGGGAAAUCCAGAAGAAUGACAGGAAGAGACAAACUUGCUUUUGUGAUAAAUUGCAUGCAAGUUUUCUGUAUUGAUGCCUAAAAAUGGGCGGUGUUCUACCCAAAAGUCCCACCAAGCUGGGAUUUUGAAAAUGGCAUGAUCAAAUACUUCAACGAGAAUGGUUGUUUUGAUGAAGUGUUUCCAUUAAUUGUAAUUUAGACAAAAUAAGCCGUGUUGUAAAAACAACUAUUGUAUAGGAAACAAACUCACCAUGUCUUGAGAAGAUAAAUCAUGCAAUGAACUAAAUCUAGUAAUGUGUAUUCCAUGACUAACAUCUAACCUUAGUGGCAGCAAUAGUGCUCGGGCCUCUGGUUAGUUGUGCAGCAGCAGCCUGCCCAAAAAGAACGAUGUAAAUAACAAAACGUUAGUGGAGCAAAUAUGUAAUAGAUGGGGCAAUUAAUGCGUCCCCAAGUAGCACACUGCUUGUCAAUUAUCAUUGACUUC